AGAUGGCUGCAAGAUAACGGAAUCAGGAAGCUUACUAAACGCGUUUUCAAAAAUUUGACUAAUUUGGAAGAGCUGUGAGUAUGAUAAAAAAGAAUUGUAUCUUUACAAAAAAAACAAAACAAUAAAAUAUGGACUCUUUCAAUAUCAAUGUUCUCCUCCUUUAAAUGGGAAGAGUAUUCGAAAUGAAAUCCCCGCAUAUCGCAGCGAGGUUAGGUUUAUACAAAACGCGCGCAAGCAAAAAUAUUUGAUGGAUUCUAAUUAAAUGUACACUGAUUUCAUAAAAGCACAUGAUGGGCCUAAUUUAGGUCGCUUAGAAAACGUACAAUUGAGAGAGAUUUUAUUAUAUUAACGUUACAGAGGGCAGCGUAACCGAGAGCCUCAGACUCAAAAUCCACUGAUCCUGAAUUUCUUUGACUUGCUGUGCUGACGUGGUCCCACUGCCUUAGGAGAAACCAGCCACUGUUAUUACUAAACUAAUCAUAACCAUUAUGAUUUCCUCAAUGUGACUGGUGCAUCAGCUGCUAUAUAUUUCACUAAUUACUUUGUACAGGUGUAAUCGGACAGUUGGCUGUAGUCGGACACUUGUGAUCGGACAAACAAUCAAUUACCCUUAAAAAAAAAAAACUGGGAAACUUCCAAAUUUUGAGGUUAAUUCCCUUCGAUAGAAGGUUUUUGCAAACAUUUUUGGUCUUUCAAAAAUUGAGAUCGAAAUUCGCUGGUCUCGGGUUCUGACAAGCAGGUGUUCCCCGGUAGUCUUGGGUUCCAUUGCUGUACACUGUUUUCCUCCCAUCACCCGGUGUUACUAGCUCAGUGCACUUCCACCAUAUAAUAUAACAGCAACAUAGCAUACUACAAAUGCUUAGAGUGUUUUCAAACACUGUUUCACUUUUUAUGGGAAUUACAUUUCAGCUGGAAUUAUUUUUUCUGAAAGGUUAAUGCAUUUUUCCUUGAAAAUUUCAGGGAUUUGUCUGAUAAUGAAGUUGAGGAUCUCCCCCAAGAAAUCUUCAGCAAUCUGACAAAUCUCAAAACGCUGUAAGUCAACAACAAAACAAACAAUUAAAUGCACGACAAUAAAAAAAUCUUUUCUCUGAAAUUUCUCGAGUUGUAAAACUUUCUCCAUUUCUGCGUGAAUUUAAAACACAAAAUAAAUAAAAGUUUUGAACUUGAAAUUGACUUUUCGUUAAAUGUUAUCAAUCCGUAUGUCUUUCGACUUAAUCUAAUUAAACCUGUUCAUUAAAACGUGUCUCACCAAAUGAAUGCAAAACAUAUAUCUGUGUAUCAUAGAGAUAUGUAAGGAUAUCGUUAUUUGGAUCUUACCAGUUGCCGCCAUAAUCUACGGGGACUUUCUGCUUUGCAGAUAAACGUGGUGUGUGGUUAAUUGCUUUAAUAUUGCAGGCUUUUGUCCAACAAUCAAAUAAGAACUUUACCGCCAACGAUUUUUCCUAACCUAACCAAGCUGGAGAAAAUGUGAGUAGUGAUGGAUAGUUUGCAUGACUGAAUAAUUGUAAGAGAGAAUUAUUCUCUCUAGUUAAUUACUAAUCGAUUGAUCGAUCGAUGAUGGGAAUUUGAAUUUUGGAGUAAAAAAAAAAAUAGACAAACAAGAAAGGAAACGAAAACAGUUACAGAAAAUUUCAAAAAGAUACCCAAUGUAAAGUACGAAGAUAUAGUUGUUUAGAGGGACUUUCUAAGAAUUGCUUUUCAAUUCGAUAAUUUUGGAGUUACUGAGGUCAAACACAAAUUAAUUUAAUUUUAUACAUUGUCAAAAGUAAUCAAAGAUUGCUCUCGUUUUACUUUAUUCCCUCUAUGAUUAAUCUUAAAACCUGUGCCACCCUCUCAACCAGUCGCACACCAAACUAAAACCAAUCGCCACUUGAUCACUCGCGUUUCCGGCGCCUUUAGCCUGGUGCCUGGAUUGUGUGUACCUUUAAUGUAGACUGAAUCCAUAAUCUCCCUUUGCUUUGAUCUGUCAUUGUGAUCCACUCGGGCUCUUGCUUUUGGACACUCAACCGAAGGUUACACGUAGUACUGACCGCUGAUAUUACAUUCAACUUUUAAAUGAAAAGAAAACUGGUCAAUAGCAUAUCUAUGAUUUGCAAUUCAACAGAAAAAUUGAAAAUAAUAAACUAAAGGAGCUGCAUCCUAAACAGUUUCGGGGACUGGUAGAGCUGAAUGAACUGUGAGUAGUUCAUGAACAUUUAUGUAUCGCACAAGUUUUAAAUCUAGGCAUCUAUCAAAAGCGAAAAUGUCCUAUCGUGCCGGUAGCAUAACUUGGCCUAAAUGCUAAAUUUGUUCAUUACUACCAGUGGAAAAAUGCCCACUCCGAUCUAUCUUCCCAUAUUUUUAAGACAUUGUUUUAUUUCCCGGAAUUCCUGAUUUUAAUUUAUGAUGAGGGUCUGGGUAGAUUCCUUUUCUUGGUGCUGGCGAUUUUUGUAUAAGAUGGGCCGGUUUGGACAAGUGGCUUUUCAGUACCAGGUAUAUUUUGUCAUACAACCUUGGACAUUUUGCAGUUUAUCCAUAACAGAAAUCUCCUGAUUCCUAGACUAUCAAUUAUCUUUCUCCAUACAUUUCUCGUAAUUAUAUUGCAAUAUUCUCAUAAUCUCUUUCCUACUUAUGAAAACAAUUACCAAUGUCCAGUUCUUUAAUCCGUUAUGUUCAACAUUCAUUUCAUUUUCUUCCUUUCUUCUUCAUGAGCUAUCUAUCGGGAAACAAACUCAGAUACUUCCCACAAGGAAUUUUUAAAGGCUUAAAGCAGCUAUUGAUUAUGUAAGUAAACUAUGAAAUUCAUUUGGUGAGUAAUGUGUUUUUGAAAUAACAUAUCAGGACAUUUGAAUGCAUUUGAUUUUACCUCAAAUGAUAAUUUUCACAUCAAUGACGAAACAUUGCACCUUUCCUGUUACUCUGUAUGAUUUUGUUGCACUUUAUUUUUGUUAGAGAAAUUGUUGAAAACGAAAUGACUCAGGUCUCCGUCGACAACUUCAAAGAAAUUAGACAGUUGAAAAUUCUGUGAGUGUUAUAAUUAAUCAAGUAAUCACCAAGUUGAGAGACGAACCUGGUUACCUUGAGGUGUUCAAACUAUUGAAAUAUGAUGGAAACACACCAAAACGAUGCUUUUGUCGUAAAAGCUUCUUACCUCAUCUGUAACUCACCGGUAAAUACUUUCCUGCCUGCAGAUUGAUUAUUUGCUUAGAGGGAGUAAGUUUGUAGAGAAACUUUGGUGCUGCGUUAAUGUGGGGUAUUUCAAGAUAUUUGGUGUCAUUCCAUAUUAAAACUCUCAUUAGUUUAGAGCGUACAGUCAAUAUACAUAAGCGUAUGAACGUGACAUGAUAACCGAUAUCUGCAUCAGGUAUUGGGUUAUCAAGUGAAGUUCAAAGUCUGACCAAUUGCCAAGCCCCUCGUCAGUGUAACGUCUUGAAACUUUUGCAAACUCAGAGAGAAAUGUCUUUUGCAGAGUGUUUUAAAAAAUGUACAAUAAAACAGUGGUUGAAUUCGGUUUUUCCAUGAUAUCAUGGUUUCGGCGGAAAACUCAGACCUUAGCGUUAUAAUAGUAUCAUGGUCAAUCUCAUCCGAUAUUUAACUAUUAUCAACUGAGUUGGUGAUGUAAACUGGCCAGUCUGAAGAGCCUCAGAAGCUGAUGUCUUGAGCAUUAGCCCUUCGUCUAAGAAUGGAGGAAUUGUAAAUUGUAAGUGGUUUAUAUAAAGGAAAAAGAAGCUUCGCGAUUAGAGGGAACCUGGCAACGAGAUAAACAAGAAUAAAAUAGUUAAAUGAAAAAAGACUUCGUUGACGGUGUUGGAAUUAAGAGAAUCUAUUUGAAAGAUUAAUUUUUGUUGUGGAGUUUUGCGGCUUUUCAUCAUUACAUUUUUAUCUAUUAAUUUCCAGGUAUAUGCAGUACAACAAGAUGAGGGAGAUUUUUCGAUGUGUUGAAGGAUAUACUGCGAGUGUAAGAUUUUGAUAAAAUUCAUUCGCAAAUUUUUUGUUUUUGAGCAAAGCUAUAUAUUCUGAGUAGACAACAUCAUAGAGACAUUCAAGCUAAGUUUUUGAUAUGAGUAUUGAAGACUCGGAUACUUAAAAAAAUGUUUUGUACAAGUCCAUGGAUAACUCCAGCGAUCAGUUUCUGAUAUAUCUUAAAAGCAAGCUUUUGCCGACAAGGUCUAUAAAAUUUAAUGAAAUAACUUUCCUGAGCUGAUGAUAUUUCACAACUGUAGGAGUUUCGACACAAAUCUGAUGUGUUGUCAUUUGCACAAGCAGGACGCCGAUUGUGCUUUCACAUACAACGACGACUUUGCCAACUGUGAGAGCAUGUUUAAGAAUUUUGCCCCAAGAAAGAGUAUCUGGGCGAUAGGAAUCUUUUCUCUGGUUGGUGCAGUGUUUGUUAUCACUUGGCGAGUAAUCUUUAAAGAAAAGAACGUGGUACAGUCUAUCAUGUUGCUCCACUUAGCAGUGUCCGAUGGUUUGAUGGGUAUUUACCUGGUCUCUAUUGGCACUAAAGAUAUGUUGUGGAGAGGAGAGUAUUACUUGCAUGACUUCCAGUGGAGGUCUGGUUUGUCUUGUCAAAUAAUUGGAGCGAUCUCCCUCUUGUCAAGUGAGGUGUCGGUUAUGAUGAUGACUCUGAUAUCUGCUGAUCGGCUUAAAAAUAUUGUGUUUCCUUAUCAGGGUGCUUCUCUGAAACCAAAGGCAACACAUAUCCUAUGCAUCAUCAUAUGGGCAAUUGGCUUCCUUAUGGCCUUUUUGCCCAUGUUUGGUAUUCAGUAUUUUGAAGACCAUUUCAGGUACCAUAAUUAUUAUGGUAGAAGCGUGGUAUGUCUGCCCUUGCAGCUUACUUCUGAUAAGCCGGCAGGUUGGGAGUAUUCUGUCGCUAUCUUUCUCGCUUUGAAUUUUGCUUUUUUCUUGUUCAUCAUGGGUGCUUAUCUCAUGAUACUAGUCAAGUCUUACUUGUCUAGCCGGCGACUGGCCCGUCAGGGUACUGAAAGAGAGAUCCAGGCCAGAAGAGCAAACUUUAGGAGGGAAACGGCUCUUGCAAGGCGGGUGUUUUUCAUCAUCCUGAGUGAUUGUGUGUGCUGGAUGCCGGUGAUAGUGAUUGGUAUGAGGACCAUCAUCGAGAAGUCUUACAAAGCGCAAGGAGACCUCGCUGUCUGGAUUGCUGUGUUUGCCCUUCCGAUCAACUCGGCCUUGAAUCCUAUCCUGUACACCUUUUCAACAGAACAGGUAGUUAUGCGCUUUUAAUCCAUUAUAAGUAAUCAAGAUAAUAAAUUAGAUCCGUAAGUAGAUUAAUAAUGGCUAGUUACAGGAAGGGUAAUGGUUUUCAGCCGACUCGAAGCAGUGUAUAAUUCUGCUCAAGGCUGCUCUCUUUACCUGCAAUUGACAUUGAAAUGUUUUAAAAGCACUGCACAGGAGAAAUUCGUUAGUCUCUAUUUUGUCAUCGGAGCCCAGUUCAAGGAAGUGAGCGAAAUCUCGAUUGCUUUUGGCUAUUGCGUAUCCAGGUCAGAGGCAUUCUGAAGAACAAAAUGGAAAAAGUUUGGAACUACUUGAAGACCGUUUUCACCUGCUGUGGUCGUGAUCAGGAAGGUGCGAUGUAAUUAUCACAUAUUUGAAGAAGUAAAAAUACAGCUAACAGCUCCUAAUAAGAAAUAAACCGAACAACAGUGUAAACUAAUAGAUUGCUGCAAAUAUAGUUUUUGACUGAUUCAUUCAGUCACUCGUUCAUAAAUCAAUUCACUCAUGCAUGCAUGGAGGCAUACAUUCAAUCAUUUAUUCACUCGUUCGCUCUUUCGUUCUUUUAUUAGUCGCUUCAUUUGUUGUACGAACUACUCGAUCAUUGACUUUUCUUCGUUUUUCUUCUUUAAAACUCCAAGGAGAUGGGGAGCAACCGAACCAACAGGGAAUAGAAGACAACGAACAACAAGGCGGCGAGGGAGGUAAAUCCUAACGCGUAUUUCUGGAAACAUGGUGAAAACUGUAAAUUAGGGAAAUAAAGGGCAAUCUGUGACUAAAAACAUUUUUUUAUAUCCUCUUCAUUUUAAGGAGAAGGUGGGGGUGAACAAAUGGAACUGGUACAUGUUGGUGUGCAUCAUCCCUUACUAGGCGGGCUGCGUUUUCUAAUCCAAUGUUAUUCUUGUCUGGAAGAAAAAUACCGCGUUGAAGUGUUCAUUGCUGAUCUGUUUGUUUUUAAUUGUAUCCCUGGUGAUUUUGUUGUGUGCUCUGUUACCGGAGGGAUCUUUGACUGCUGACUUUCGUGCUUGCAAAUAGAGUUUAUUGUUAUCUUUACAAUAAAUCAUCCAACCUUUUUUGUUCAUCACGUUAAUCUCAAAUUCUAGAACCCAUUCCUUCAUUCGUUUGUUAGUACUUUCGUUCUCUAUAUUAACUGUAUGUUUCCUUUUUUUUUUUUUUUUUUAUAAACCUCUUUUCGUGUUUUUUUUUUCUUUAAAAAGGCCAAGGAGAGGGAGAGCAAGUGAACCAGCACGGAAUGGAAGACAAUCAAGAACAUGGCGGCGAUGGAGGUAAAAACCGUUUAGGUGUCAGUUAACAUAUCAUGAAAAUUUCAACUGAGGGCACAGGGUUAGUCUGUGUACAUUUUUUGUCUACUCCCUUUUUUUAAGGAGAAAUUGAGGGUGAAGAAAUUGAACUGGCAAGUAUUGGUGUGCAUCAUCCACAACAAGGUAAGGCUAGAGUUUCUAAUUCAAUGUAA